UUUUCAUCCAGCUUCACUCAAACAUUACAUCGUCGCGAAUCACCAAACGAGAAAUUUUGUUGUUCGUCGUUUGAAAGGACAUACCGAUACAACAUAGUAUACCAAGUCCUCAAUCAGAAUCGCCAUAAAAGGAGAGCGCCACCAAAGUACCCCCAACUCACAAUCCCCUCGGCGCGCGCUCCGGGACCGGGGACCGCCCCCCAGGAAAAAGAGAGAGACAAGAAAAUGUCUUCUACUCCGGAAUCCGUCAAACUCGUACCUCUUCCCCCCUUCAAACCCGACCUGUACCAGCGCGCCUGGCAAUCGAUACCGCACCCGACGCUCCCGCUCCUCGCCACCGCGCACCAGAAAUCCGUAACCGUCUUCUCGCUCACGACCCUCUCGGCGCACAGCGCGCUGACCAACGGCCACGAUCGCUCCGUGCGCUCCACGACCUGGAAGCCGAAUUUGGCGCCGCACAAGCUGUGCCUCGUGACCGGCAGCUUCGACUCGACGGCGGGACUAUGGCGAUGGACCGAUGACGAGAAUAACCACAACAGCAACCUCGAGGUGGAAGUCACGAACUCCUCCGACAAUGACGAAAAAGACGACGAAAAAGACUGGGAGUUGAUAAUAAUCCUAGACGGCCAAGACUCCGAGAUCAAAUCCGUCGCCUUCUCGCCGACGGGCCAGUUCCUAGCGACGUGCAGCCGCGACAAGUCGGUCUGGAUAUGGGAGGACGUAGGCGCGCGCGAGGACGACGACGAGUGGGAGACGGUGGCGGUGCUGAGCGAGCACGAGGGCGACGUCAAGGCCGUGGCCUGGUGUCCGGAGACGAACCGCGUCGGAAGGCGUGGGGGUGGCGGGGGCAGGUACGGCAGCGACGUGUUGGCGAGUGCGAGCUACGACGAUACUGUGCGUGUGUGGCGCGAGGAGGGCGAGCAGGAGUGGGUCUGCGUCGCCGUGCUCGAGGGCCAUGGGGGAACCGUCUGGGGCGUGCAGUGGGAGCCUAAGCCCAGAGGGACCGCGUUCCCGCGUCUGAUGACGUGGAGCGCGGAUAAGACGAUUCGGAUAUGGACUUUAAAGGAAGAAGACGAAGAAGAGGAGGAACGGACCCAGCAUGCGUGGGGUGGUGGUGGUGGUUUGGGAGGGAUCCCGAAUACGAUGCGUAGGAGCUUGAAGGAGGAGUGGGAGUGCACGGCCGUGCUGCCGCAGGCGCAUACGCGGGAUAUAUACUCGGCGACGUGGAGUCCGGAGACGGGCAUGGUGGCGAGUACGGGAAGCGACGGAGUCAUCGCCGUUUACGCCGAGAGCACAACCAGCGAGGCGGGUCCAAACGGGACGGUGGAGGACGAGGCGGCGGCGGAGCUGGAUGGCGAUGUUCCUAUGACUAACGGUCACGCGGAAGAGAAGCCGCAGGAGAGCAAGAAGUGGAAGGUCGUUUCGACGACGUCGGCUGCGCAUGGCCCGUACGAGGUGAAUCAUAUAACGUGGUGUAAGAGGUACGAUCAGGGGUGUCCGCCGGAGAGAAGAGGUAUUGAGGAGAUGCUGGUUACGACCGGGGAUGAUGGCAUUGUUCGACCGUGGCAGGUUAUACAAUCGUAAUCGUCUCUCCUGAGGGCCGAACCAAAUCUGUUUGUUGCUCGAAACUGUACAUAAUGGGAUUACCGCGCCUUGGAUGGCUAAAUACCACAUGUAACGAGCUACGAGCAAAACAAAUCCAAGAAGAAAAAAAGACGUUGAACAUUGUUAGGCACUUCUCUCGUGGAGAGAAUGUGCCAACU